AUGCAUGAAAUAUUUGCUGCUGGGAUUGAGACAACAGCAACAUCUACAGAAUGGGCUAUGUCAGAACUGAUGAAGAAUCCCAAGAUAAUGAAAAAGGCACAAGAUGAGGUUAGAGAAGUCUUUCACAGAAAUGGAUUGGGAAAUGAGAGAGCACUUGAUGAAAUGAAAUACUUAAAAUCAGUUAUCAAUGAAUCCAUGAGACUACAUCCUUCUUUACCAUUGUUAGUGCCAAGACAAAAUCAAGAAAAGUGUGAGAUUAAUGGUUAUGAGAUACCAGCUAAAACCAACACUAUAAUUAAUGCAUGGGUAAUUGGAAGAGAUCCUAAGUAUUGGCCUGAACCUGAGAUUUUUAAACCAGAAAGGUUCUUAGAUAAUAAUAAUUCUAUUGACUCCAAAUUAGGUAACAAGUUUGAAUUUCUACCAUUUGGUGGUGGAAGGAGAAUUUGUGUUGGUAUGUCUUUUGGUUUUCUCAAUGUUGAGCUUUGUCUUGCAUUGUUGCUAUAUCAUUUUGAUUGGAUGCUUCCUAAUGGAAUGAAACAUGAAGAUUUGGACAUGAGUGAGACUUUUGCUGCAACCCUUCAAAGAAAAAAUGUUCUUCAGGUUAUUCCUAUCGCUUAUGAACUGUCAAAGACCACUGCAAAUAAACUGGAAUGAUGAGCUAAUAAUCUGGUAUUUACUUUUUUAAUGAAAUUAUUUACUUCAUGUGUCUUAGUGUUAUUCAUGAUGUAAUUAAAGAAUAAUAAUUUGCAUUUUAUAAGUAUUAAUUCCUAAUGAUUCUAAAUAA